AUGGCUGCCGCCGAUGUGCGCGACAUGCUGGACUUGCCCGCUGAGGUGGGCCAGCCUAGACCUCAUAAGAAGCAGAAGGUGGUCGAAAAGCGACCAGAGGGUAUUACCCGUGAACUAUACGCGCUACUAGGUGAACGAGCGCCGCCUAUCGCGAUCAACGAGAACAAGUACAAGGGGCGUCCAAAGUGGAUGAACAAGUUGCGUGUGCGACCAUGGCGCAUGACACCCUUCACCAACAGUGCCCGCUCCGAUGGCUUGGUUUUGAAUCACUGGCAGCGGAAACACGAGUCGACUCGCCCACCUGUCCCCGAGGGAACCCAGAUGGACUUGGACGAGAAAAAGGAGAAUGAAGAGACUAAGGAAGAGGACAAGGACGAAGCUCCGAAACCACUGGACCAAGAAUACACAUUCGCCAAAUACAACAUCAAGGCACGAGUACCAAAGAAAUACUCCGAAGAAGAAUACAACCGGUCCCUGCAAAGCAACGACUGGGACCGAGAGGAAACAGACUAUCUGAUGGAUUUGGCACACGAAUACGAUCUGCGCUGGGUGAUUAUUGCAGAUCGCUAUGACUAUCAACCCAGGGUGAACUCUGAAGCCGACGGUAACGCACUCGUACCGGCUAAACACUACCGAACAAUGGAGCAGAUGAAAGCCCGCUACUACUUCGUCGCAGCUACAAUCCUUGCAAUCGAACACCCACCAUCCGAGAUGUCCGAAGCCGAAUUCGAGCUGCACGAGCGGAUGCUCAAGUUCGACCCAGACCGUGAACGGGACCGCAAGGAACUCGCCGCCCUACAAAUAAACCGCACAGCCGACGAAGUUCGGGAAGAAGCCAUGCUCCUCGAAGAGCUCAAGCGCAUCACAAGCAACGAGCAGAACUUCAUCACCGAACGCCGCGAGCUCUACUCCCGCCUGGAAGUACCCAUCAGCGUCGGCAACACAGCAGCCUACCAAUCAAGCUCAGGUCUCUCCCAGCUCCUGCAAACCCUCCUCCAAGCAGACAAGAGCAAGAAACGUCGCUCAAUCCUCGGACCAGAGGGAGGCGCCAUCGCCAGUCCAGCAGGCCAAACACCAACGCAAGCCAACAACGGCAUCAGCCGUGGUGAAACACCAACCACAGCCUCGGCAGCAAACAAAAAGGGUGCCGUUCCAGCCCGCGAAACACAACCCAUCCGCACACUUACACCAGCCGAAGAAGCUCGCUACGGCGUUCACCACCACGAACGCGUCACAGCAGGCGUGCAAUUCCGCAGCGACCGCGCCCAGAAACUCACACAAGCCAAGUCCAACGUGCAGACCCUCAAACUGGCCGGUGCGCUCGCCGAACUCGAGAUUCCCGUCCGCUUGUUCAUGCCUACAGAGCGUGUCUGCAAGGAAUUCGAACGUCUCAUCCAAGCCGUCAAUUUACUCCUGGACGCGCGUAAAGUGGCCGAGAAGGUCGACAGCGAAAUCCGUGUUCUUGAAGCUGCGAAGGCGGAGCGGGAGAAAAAGUCUGCGCCUGAGAAUGGUCAUCCGGAGGUGAAGACUGAGGCUGAAGAUGGGAAUGGGAUGCUUGAUUCGACUGCUGAUGCAGGGAAUGAUGAGAAGCAGAAUGGUGAUGCUGAGACUUCAAAGCGUGAUGGGAAUCAUAAGCGGUCUGCUAGCGUUCUUAGUGCUGUCAGUGAUAAGAGCUCGAAGCGGCAGCGACGGUAG